UGGCCGGAAGUCGCUAUAAAUAUACGCGCGGGUCCGUCAGUCGUCGGUAGACGAGGGUUGGAUGGUCAUCAUCGGAGGCAAGCAACUGACUCAUAAAAAAUUGAACUCUGAGCAGUUGCAGAGACACUUAGCCCAAUCUGACGUAAUUUUCCCGACCGAAACUCAGCUCCAACUCGUAUAGCUAACAUACUGCAACCUGAAGGCCGUUGUCGCAGGACAUGUGUCUCUUUCGGAGAGCCAAAUCGAGCUUGGAAGAGCGGUUCCCCCACAAGAACUGGGCGAUAAUCUUAUCUUUUCAGCUUCUAAUCAGCACCAUAUUCUCAGUGAUGAGUCCGUCGGUGUAUCAAUACGUCACAUCUCCCACGCACUUUACCUGAAAACCUAAGGAACGAAAAGGAUACAAACCGGUAUUGGCCUGGUCUGGGGGGUACAGACACAGACUAUGCCUUGGUUCAAGCAGCCCAGCCACUCUUUGAAACUGGUGCAGUGUUGGUGACAGUGCCACUGGCAUACCGGUUGCCAUUCUCUUGUUUGCUCUUUGCCUUUGUGGCCCUGGCUGGUGUGGGCGGAGGGAUGUAUGCCCUUGCAGAGCACGUGUGGGUUGCAUUUCUAGGACGUGGACUAAUGGGGGCAGGUGUCCAGUUCGGGGCAGCAACAAUCCACACGUACAUUGGAGAAAUGGGGACUAUGAUGGACGAUAUCAGACAAAAGCUGGAGAGAAAACCAAGGAAGUUGAUACUCUACAUCAUAUACUCAUUUGUGCUGAAUGGAGGAUUUGUUGUGCCUUAUGUUGUUACAUCAGUCAUGUCGACAUUCCAAGACGUCAACCCUUAUCGGUGGCCUGGGUGGUCUGUGACAGCCCUGGCUGCUGUUCUGGGGACGGUGGUACUGCUGUGCUUUAGAGAAACCCGCUCUUUCCCCCGACCGACAAUCACAAGAAAAAGUUGUUCAGGACUUAAGUUGUCAACCCAACUAAAGAGUAGGGCCAAGAUACGACUCAUGACCUACAUAUUUGUGAUUGGAUGUGGGUAUAUUGCAGGAAAGGUGUAUGCUAUUCUGCUAACUCUAGUCCCACCAGUUCUGGACAACAAUUUUGGUUUCACUGUGGAAUACUCUUCACUAUUCUUGCUUGGUGUUUCUGCUGGUUUUCUGAGUAGCAGCUUUAUACAUUUAGGAGCUAAGUUUGCGAGGGUUGAUAACAGAAUUCUGCUGGGAGUGUGCCUUGUAUUAACUCUGCUUGGAGCUUUACUGGUGGGGGAUUGGCAGUCCACUGCCCAUGGAAACCCUUGCCAAAUGCCUGUCACCACUGACUGCUCAAACAACUUGUCACUGGAAAUUACGAGCGGUCUAUCUCCACUGGGAGACGAAGACAAUCUUGCUCUGAACUGUUCCAAUAUCUCCAUACAAUAUUUAAGUUUCAAUGAGCGAUAUGUUGACACCUGUGAAUCCCUGGGUACAGAUGACAACAGUUGCUUUUGGAACCAGCAGUCUCGCGUAACUGGAGAUUUCUGUAACACGUGUCUCCCUGCUUGCCUGAGCAGACAAGCCACACUCAAUUUCUACCAGUUUUCUUCGGGAGUACUGCUUCUGUCAAUAGCAGCUCCUCUUGGAUUUGUUUUUACCUCUGCAGUAGCGUCUGAGAUAACACCACUGGAAUCACAGGGUACAAUACUGAGUCUGUUAGUGGGGGCGGGUGCGUUCAGCAGAGCGGUCUCCCCAAUUUGGUUUGUGAGGAGCUAUGAUGCAAGUGGUAGACAUAUGUACUUUGCUAUGGGCAUCACUGCUGGCUGUGCGCUGGUUCUGCUUCUUUUACUCGUUCUCCUCUACAAUAACCUGGCUCCUAUAUCCUCAUCUGGUGCAGGUGUAGUAGUGACAGCUACCUCAAGGUUAGCAGUGGAACUUGAGAACGAAUACUUGUCAGGCAACAACGAAGCGGUGAUUGAUCAAAUUUGGACAGAGACUCCACUGUAGCUUUCUCCCUGGUGCAAAUAACUGAUUUUAAUUUGGGCAUGGCACAUACAUAAUAAUAAUAAUAUUUUUGUGUGCUUAAUGCUAUAGUUGUGUUAUAUAACCAAUGUUUGAGAGAGCCGUUAUGAAGAUGGUAAAGGUUUAUCAUAGGAUCAUAGGAGUAGUGAAGGCUGGCUGCAUGUCUUGGUAUCUUUCAGUUUUAGAAAUAAUUAUCAUCUGUGCCAGGUCUCCCUUGACUGAUGACCCGCUAUACUGUGCCUGGCUACCACUUCACUCCUCCCUCAACACCGAUCUAAGAGACUGCGAGGUCAGGAGCUGCUGUUGCCAAAGUCCAACCCACUAUCAGAAGUUUCCAGGAGUGUCGCCACACCGGCCUCCAGGGUUGCCCCUUCCACCCAUUCAGUCCAAUAUGACAAUCAACACUGUAUGAAUCAGAGUGUGUCCACAAAACACGGGCCUUCACUUUAACACUUAACCCUUAGCCAGCCACAGGCAUCUAUUAUAUAAUAAUUAUGCCAGAGCCUCCAUAAGAAUUUAUUUAUGGCUAUAAUACUAGGCUAUAAUACUAUGUUAUAGAUCGAUUUCUGUUUAUUAAGGAGAUACCCAUGGCGUCCAAAGGGUUAAAGCCGCG